UAGGUCUUAACCCAAAUCCAAGCGGCUAGUCCUCAUGAGACUCUAAAUUUGGGGGAAGGAGGAGGAGAGGCAGACUCCAGUGCAAAGAGGUGGGUGCGAGAGCAGGAGAGAGAAGGCGGGAGGAUCCUUUUGAGAUCUUUCAGGAUUGAGCCCCCCACCCCACCCCUGCCUUUGCUGCUCAGAGGGGGGGUCCCCAGUGGGGUGCUCUCAAGAUCCCAAACCCAGGAGGGGACAAGGGGUGGGGGUUGCCCAGGACUCCCUGGAGGGGUGCUGAGGAAGUGGCCCUUCCCUCAUUCCAGAUCUCCUGGCAUUCCCAGAGGUGCAGACCCCGAGCUGGAGGGGGGGGUCCCAAGGGUGUGUGUGUGUGUGCCCCCCACCACCCCCACGAGCUACUCCCAGCAGGGCAGAACCCUCCACCCAGAAGCUAAGCGUGCCUGGCUGCCACAGCCUCUGCCACUGACUUCCCGCAGGGGCCAUGGUCAUGCCCUAGCUAGCCGCCCUGGGCUUGCCCGCCAGAUGCCCGGCGGGUGCCAGCGAGGAUGAUCCCUGAAGAGGAGAGCCCCCCAGGGGGAGAAGCCGAUGGAGGAGGCGAGGCUGAGGACGGAUCCCCUCUCCUGCGCCAGCCCUCGGAGGGUGGCAGCCUGCGGAAGCAGGGCUGCGAUCCGUUGGCCCAGUCACAGCGCAGUAAGUUACAACACCGUCGGGCGCGGAUCAACCAGCAGAUCAACAAAGAGAUGAGGAUGCGAGCCGGCGCAGAAAACCUCUUCAGGGCCACCAGUAACCACAAAGUAAAGGAAACCGUUGCCUUAGAACUCAGCUACGUCAAUUCCAACCUGCAGCUUCUGAAGGAGGAGUUGGAAGAGCUGAACAGUUCCAUGGAUGUCUACCAGAACGACAGCGACUCCAUCAGUGUCCCCAUGAUUCCGUUGGGGCUCAAGGAGACCCGGGAGCUGGACUGGGCCUCGCCCCUGAAGGAGAUGAUCAGGGACCACUACGGGGAGGACGGUGACUUGUACGAGGUGGAGAUCCGAAGCCUCAUGGACUUGCGGCAGGCCAUGCGGACCCCCAGCCGGAACGACGCGGGGAUGGAGCUGCUGAUGGAGUAUUACAGCCAGCUCUACUUCCUGGACAACCGGUUCUUCCUCCCCAACAAGAACAUGGGCCUCUUCUUUCACUGGUAUGAUUCUCUGACGGGAGUCCCUUCUCACCAACGGGCGCUGGCUUUCGAAAAGGGGAGCGUCCUGUUCAAUAUCGGGGCUCUGCAGACGCAGAUCGGCGCUCGCCAGGACCGUACCACCUUGCAAGGCGUGGACUGUGCCAUCGAAGCUUUCCAGAAGGCGUCCGGGGCCUUCGACUACCUGAAGGAGAACUUCUCCAACGCUCCCAGCCUGGACAUGAGCACAGCCUCGUUGCAGAUGCUGGUGCGCCUGAUGAUUGCGCAGGUGCAGGAGUGCGUCUUCGAGAAAGCCCUGAUGCUCAGCACCCAGAACCACUUUCUCACCUGCCUGCAUCUGGCGCAGGAAGCUGCCAGGGUGGACGAGGUUUAUACGCUGGUCUACCAGACCAUGACCCAACCGCACGUGAAGGACUACGUCCCUUUCUCCUGGACCACCAUGGUACAUGUCAAAUCGGAGCACUUCAAGGCCCUCUCGCACUACUAUGCCGCUAUUGCACUUUGCGACGGCCCUCCCCCGUCUGAUACCGAGCUGCCGGAGCACGAGAAAGCUUUCCUCCAGUUCCACGUCACCACGCCCGAGGGGCCGGCCCCCCGCCUGCUCUUGCAAGACCCGGAAGAGCGGAGGAGGUUGGGCAAAGCUCACCUCAAAAGAGCCAUCAUGAAGCACGAGGAAGCCAUGAGGAUCCACAGCAUGUGCAAGAUCUUGAGGAAGAUGGACAUCCUGCAGGAGGUCCUCUCGUGGGCCCACAAGCGGUCACUGGGCAAGUACUCGGAGAUCGAUCACGAGGAAGACUUCUUUGAGACGGUGGAGGCGCCAGAGAUCCAUCCCAAAACUCAUCAGAGGCCAGAAAUCAAAUCUCCCAGCUUCUCCAACGUGAAGGUCACGGACAUCUUCCACAGGCUGGGCCCGCUCUCGGUCUUUUGCGCCAAGAACAGGUGGCACCCCCCGCGGACGGUGCACCUGGUCCGAGGAGAGAAUGGCUUCGGCUUCACCCUCCGCGGGGACUCCCCGGUCCUCAUCGCUGGAGUCAUUCCCGGCGGCUGCGCAGCAGAGGCCGGUUUGAAAGAAGGCGACUACAUCGUCUCCAUCGACGGGAAAGACUGCAAGUGGUCGAAACACGCCGAGGUGGUGCAGUUGCUGAAGGUGGCCGGGGAUGAAGGGGCGACGGUUGGCGUCAUCACCCUGCUCUCCUCUGAAGGGCCAUGCACGGUGGACAAGAAGCCCCUGGCGAUGAUGUCGUCGCCGUCCCCGGGUGCAGGACUCCCGCCGAGAGAAGACAAGGAGAACAGCCAGAAGGCGGCCCCAAGGCCGAGCAAAGGGGCCAGCACCCUCCUGGCCUGGGGGAAGAGAAGCAAACGGAGCAAGACCACUGGCAGCGCCUUCAGCCUCCCCUUCUCGGCCAUGGGGGACAAUGAGCUGGCCUGCUGAGCCGGCUCGGCUUUCCCUGCCGCCCCCCUGGACUGGAACAAGGAGGGUGUUUUUUAGCCAUUGGAGGCUCCCCCCUAGUAAGGGAAGGACGAGUUUUGGAGCAGGACGGAGGGAGGGUGCUUUCCUCAAGGGAUUUGCCCAGUGGAGGCUGGGCGGUGAUGGAUCAGGGAGUGUUACCCAUUCUGAGCAAGCCAGCCUGGUUGCUGAAACGAGCCUCCACGAGAAGGGGCAGUCUACCUCCCAAUGCCAGCUGCUGGGAGCAAGCCAGAUGGCUUCCUUCCCGUCUGGCUUGUGAGUUUCUCUGCUGACCUCCAGAGGCUUCUGUCAGGGGCCCGGCCGGGCUAGAUGGACCCUCGGCCUGACCCAGGGCUGCUGAAGAGCAUUGUAAUUCCCACCUGCCCGCAGUCCCCAGCUGCGUCUGUGGGCGUGGGAGCAAUCCACUGGGCCUGCCAAAUAAAGGGCCCAUCUCCAGAGUCUUGAAUGCAGUUCCGAGCCACCCGGCUUGCAAAAGGCGCAGCUGUUCAGAAGGAAAAUAGAGAGGUCUGAGGAGACCAAGAAGCAGGGAGGAAGCAAAGGGGCGGGAAGGGAACCGCCUUGGAACAUCUUGCAAGAAAAAUUCAAAAGGAAGCACAUGUGACAGAGCACCUAGGCGCACAAUCUCUCGGGGUGUUUACCUGGGACCAAGCCUGGCCACGUUCAGUGGGACUUACAAGCAAGCCUGUGCGUGCAUAAGGACCGUGGUCUCUUAAGAGGCUGGAUCAGGACGUCCCAGUGGCAUUUUUGUCCCUGUCGCCCAUUUGCAUGAACUCUAGCCUGAAGCCAACCUUCCUCUGAUCCCGGCCGCUGGGCCUCGUCUGCUGUUGGGCAGAAGAGCACCUUGCUUUCCCGACGGGGUUGGAUCCCCACCUGGCAGGGGUGUGCCCCGUCCCCUUUCAACACUCCGGAAAGCCCCACCUUCGCCUCAGGUACGGCAACCCGUUCUCGUUAAAGUCAAGCCAAGAAGCAGCUUCUUUCGCUGACAACGUUCACUGUACAUAAUGGUAUACACAGAUAGGACAGAAGAGGGAGUCUAUGCAAGGGAGGUGGUGGGUUCAUGCCACAGACGUUGGGGGUCUCUUGGAUGUUUUCCUAAAGAAGCUGGAGAGAUGCAUCAGCACCAGGUAUUUGGGGAAGGGCUUGAUGGAGCAGAUGGAGGAGCAGGCGAUGAUGUUCCCCCAGAGUGAUCUCCUAACCCCGGACACACAAGCUGCAGGCUUUCCACGUGGGCACCUUGCGCCCAGAGACAGUGUUGUAUUCCAAGAGCAGUAAACGCUUUCCUUUCUGGAUGCCCAAGUCCGUCAGGAGCCUUCAGCUGCCUUGGAAAGGGGCUGCAAGACUGAAACUUGUGCGGGUGGAUCGUGGCCACAGGCCUGGAGGGCCCCCAGCAAGAAGGGCCAAGACUCCACUGGUCUUGGGUGGUCUCAGCUCUCCGCCCCCAGAGGUUUUUGGACUGCAAUUCCCAGAAAUCUCUGCCAAAACAGCUGGUGGCGAAGCCUUUCCUGGGAAUU